AUGAAUUUUUGUUAUACUGAAACAAUUACAACUGAAUUCCGUCCAACAGACAUAGAAAUAAGACCUCAUAUAGUCAUUCUAAAUUCUACGAGUACUGUUAAUUUUACAUGUUUCAAUUAUCAAACAAAUAAUUCAUCGUUAGAAGCAAGUUUAUCUAAAAAUAUUUCAUCGAAUGAAAUAAAACUAUUCACCAAUCCUUUAAAUACAACAGCGAUUCAUAUUCGACUUGAAUCGACAAAUUAUGUUGGAAUAUUCUAUUUGCUAUGUUAUUCAAACGGCGAACAGAGUAAAGGCACUCGCGCUGAUAUUAUUGUCGUAGCUGCACCGGGCGUACUUCAACUUGCUGAAAAAUGUCGCGUCUAUGACAGACAAUACAUUAAAUGUGUAAUUCGAGCACCGACAAUAGCACGUGCUGUUCAAAAUGAUUUUCCAGUACGAUUUGAGUUUAAAGAAGCUGCUAAUUCUCCUGAGCAUAUGGCUUACAGACCACAAUUUAAAUUCUUAAGAAAUGAAAGUAAUUAUGAAAAUUUAAUAUUCAAAUGGCAACCAGCAGUAGACGGAGAGUUUCCUAGUGGAGUACGAAUGCAAAUGAAAGCAAUGUUACCACAUUUCGAACCAUCAUCUUAUAAUUUCGAUAUGACUCCAGUCUUUCGAAUAAAACCGAGAUUUAAUCUUCGAGCUAUAUCAUCGAAUCAAGUUGAAAUGAGCAUUACAUCUCUAAAUCCAUCAGCAUUUUGUGAAAAGACUGUUAUACCAAAGCUCACUGCGACAAGCAAUCAAACAUGGACAGUUGUUGAAUCAAAUCGAAAUAAUAUUUUAAUUGAUAAUCUUUCGCCUGAUUCUAUGUAUCAUAUAUGCAUGAAAUGUCGACAGAUAUAUUCUGAUCCAGACGGCGUUGCCGAAUGUCAAGAAAUAAAAACAUUAAGCAGACUAGAAUGGUUUCUUCAAAAUAAGUUUUUUAUUAUUGUGAUUGCUAUCGUCGUAGUUUUACUUUUUAUCGCUGGUCUUAUCUAUUUUUUUCGACGAAAAAUAUGUAAUGGUAAAAAAAGAUACAAACAACCUUAUUAUCCUACCAUUAUACCAGGUGGUCGUUACUAUCGUUCAAUUGCAGAUAUAACUGAAGUUAUAGAUCAAUGUGCUGCACCAGAAAUUUUAUCCUGA